AUGGGAGAUCUUAUAACCGCCAAAUAUUCAUCUCCAGAUAUUCCAGAAUUACAUUUCACAAUAGACGUUAAUGACAAAAGGUAUCAAACAACAAAUGGGAUGACUACGGGUCCCAGUGAACAUGUUUUGAAUGCAGGUCAAAUUGAUAGGGAUAGACCAUCUGAUCCUAAACUUCUUUCAGGAUCAUCAUCUGAUGUGGAACCUCACUAUACGGAAUUAAGUAAGUUGAGAAUGCAUUUGACUGGAUUACAAGAUGAUAUUAAUAUAUUCUUAACUGAACAAAUGGAAUUGGCCAAAAAGAAGAAAAUAAAAUUGCAUUCUGAAGAAGAGGAAAAAAGAAUUGAUGAAGAAAUAAAUGAGCUGUUAGAUGGAGGUGACGGAGAUGAGGAGGACGAAGAUGAAGGCAAGUAA